AGUUGUAUGACUGCGUCAUUCUCAGAACGCUCUGGAAAAACCAAAAACAGUGCCAGGUGGAGUGUCUGUCCUGAUCAAGUUGCUAAGGAGCAAAAGUCCAUAAAACUGUCACUAUGCUUGCGGCGAGGCUAGUAUGCCUGCGGACUGCCCCAGUGAUGGGGUUGCGCUCGGCCUUAGCGCAGGGCUCCCCGGCUCUGAGGACGUCUAUAACCAAAACAUAUCAACCACUUGUGAAACAAAGUCAGAGCUACGCCACCAGACCCAGGUUUGGAUUCCGUCGUGCAAAGACCUCAAAGGAACAACUCCACGAAGCUGCAUUUGAACCAGCAACUGACACUGCCUUCAAAAUUGACCAGAUGGGCAGGAUGGUUUUGGCUGGAGGAGCUGCAGUUGGUUUGGGAGCGUUGUGCUACUAUGGCCUUGGGAUGUCGAAUGAAAUAGGCGCCAUUGAGAAGGCUGUCAUCUGGCCCCAGUAUGUGAAGGACCGCAUCCACUCCACCUACAUGUACUUUGCUGGCAGUGUGGGCAUGACGGCGCUGUCUGCUGUGGCCGUCAGCAGGACCCCGGCACUCAUGGGCCUCAUGAUGAGAGGCUCUUGGCUGGCGAUUGGUGCGACAUUUGCUGCCAUGAUUGGAGCUGGCAUGCUGGUGCGGUCCAUCUCCUAUGAACACAGUCCAGUUCCCAAACACCUGGCUUGGUUGCUGCAUGCAGGUGUGAUGGGUGCGGUGAUUGCACCUAUGACUCUGCUGGGCGGUCCCCUGAUGAUACGGGCUGCCUGGUACACGGCGGGCAUCGUGGGUGGCCUCUCCACCGUGGCCGUGUGUGCCCCCAGUGAGAAGUUCCUGAACAUGGGCGGCCCCCUGGCUGUGGGCUUCGGCGUGGUCUUAGCCUCUUCCCUGGGCUCCAUGUUCCUGCCCCCCACCUCUGCGUUUGGGGCUGGCCUGUACGGAGUGGCCAUAUACGGAGGUCUGGUGCUCUUCAGCAUGUUCCUGCUCUACGACACACAGAAGGUCAUCAAACGCGCCGAGACCCACCCGAUGUAUGGCGUUCAGAAAUACGACCCCAUCAACGCGUGCAUGGGCAUCUACAUGGACACCCUGAAUAUCUUCAUGAGGCUGGUGAUGAUCCUGUCAGGAGGGGGCAAUCGCAAGAAGUGAAGUCAUCCCUUAAGACCCCAAAAAGCCGUGGAGGCGACCAGUCGCCCCCGAGCACUUAGAUCUUACUGUCCAACCAACAGACACGCGCACAUACCUUUAUGCCAGAGAUUCUCUUCUGCUCAUACACAGUUAGACCAAUAAAGCAAUGAGAGUACUGAGAGUUUUGGCUUAAAUGUAGGGUUGGGUUUGUUUGUGGCACAGCGUUGCCACAGAUGUAAAUAGGGAGGUUGAAAUGGCCUGGUUCUGUGUGUUGCUCUUGUUUUAUGUGUUGAAAGGUGUCCUAUUUUAUGUGAACACGAUGAACCUGAGGUGAGGGGAACGAAAACAUAGUUAAGCCUACUUAAAAAAGAAAAAUCAGCUCAGUUCUGUCAUGAGAAAACAUACAUUUUAUUUUGCUAUUUAUUUAAGAUGAUGGAUCAUUUUGCUGCCACAAGAAUGGAAGAGGAAGUUGCUAUCAAAUGCCAUUUGUUUCCACUGUCUAACAUUUGCAGUGUAAGAUUUUUGAUAACACAAUGAUGCUACAUUUCUAAAGUGGGAGAGGAAUCAGAGCAGUGACAAAUGCUCAUGAUGGUUUAUGCAAACUGUCUGAUUUGUUAACACCAAUAAAUGAAUAUGUAUUGAA